AUGCGAGCCUUGAUUGAUGACCAACCGAAAGUUUUUUCAUUGAAAGAAGUUCUAGAAGGAUUCAUUGAUCAACGAUUAGAAAACAUUCAAAAAAAAGCCCAAUUCAUUUAUAAUAAGAAUCAGAAGGAGUUGAUUAAUUUAGAAACUCGUCGUUUCAUUAUCGAUAAUUAUCAAGAAAUUGCCGAAAUUGCUCGCAGUGCUGCUUCCGAUGAAGAACGAGAACAAAAAUUAAGGGCUCGUUUCAAUGAAGAGCUGAAAAGCUUACAAGAGCAAUUGCGGACAAUCCAGGACAAAUCAUUGGAUUCACCUGAUUCACCGGAAAAAAAUAGUGAUUUGGAGCAGGAAGCUAUUAACCGAAUUUUAGAUACACCAGCUAGUUUUCGUCAAUUUACUCCGGAACGAAGAGAAAAAUUACAAAAUGAUAUUGCCAAACUACAACAAGAUAAUUCCGAGCAACAAUUAACCAUUGCUGAUUUAGGAAAAAGAAAAGAAAAAUUAGUUCAAGAAUUACAAGAAUUAAAAAAUGAUUACGCUCACGACAAGAGAAAAACAACAGUUACUGGUAUUCAACACUCAAUUGAAGAACGACAAUUAAUCCCUCAUGAAGAAAGAAUUGUUUUAUUAAGUCGCUCUGAAAAUAAAAAAGAGAAUAAAAUCAAUAAUUAUUUAACAGUUCAUCAUCUUUCGGCAGUGGAACCAACUAAUAUUCCUAGUCAAGGCAAAGAAUUAAAAACUCGGGUUAGAAAAGGAGAGUUAAAACCAACUCUGCAAGCCCAAGAAUUCUUUACGGCGGCUUUACCAGUUCCUGAGGAAUUUAGCCAGAAAUUUCUACUUAUUAUUACCCAAAAAGGAAAAAUUAAACUGAUUGGUCGAGAAAAACUAGAAAAAAUCAACAAAUCAGGUAAGAAAUUAGUUAAUCUUUAUCAAAAGACUAUUGAAAAGUGUUCUCUUCACCAAGCUCAAUUAGCUGAACAUAAGGCUACUGCUCAUGUUUGUGGUAUUGGUUGCCAAGAAUUAAGAGAACUCCAAAAACAAAUCAAAGAGUGUGGCAAUGAGGAAAUAGAAAUUAUUCUCAAAAGAAAAGGCAAAGAUGGUCAAAUAAAAAACUUAAAAGUUCCGGUUUAUCGGCAAGUAAGAAGAAAAGAUGAAGAAGGAAAGUCAAUUUUUUGUUCCCUUCAUCAGAGCAAAUUAAGAACCCACAAAGCCAGCCACCCCUGUGGAAUAACUUGUGCCAAAGCAAGAGAACUCCAAAAACAAAUCAAAGAGUGUGAAAAAUUGGAAAAAGUUAAAGAAAAGGUGGAGAAAGAAACGCGGGAAGAAAAGGAGAUAAUGGAAGAAAGAGUAUUAAAAUCUACUUUGCCAUUAGAAAUCAAGGAAAAAAUCCUGAAAGAUAUCAAAAUAAUCACUGGUCUAAAUACUAAAGAAAUGACGCGCAAGAUUGCCAACUCUCCUGUUGACUCAACCAUUGGUGAAGUGGCUAUCAAAGACCAAACCAAAGACCUAAAACAAAAAGGAACGACUUAUCAAAAAUUACUCGAAGAAUACAAAAAACAGCAAGAUAAAAUAAAUGAUUUCAAAGAAAAAAGUAAACAAUGUAAGGAUUGCCAAAGGUAUUGUUCUAAUCAUGAGAAAAAAUCCCAAGAGGAAAUGGUUAAGCAUGAAACAUGUAAUUAUUGCCACAAAAAUGAUAAGCAUAUUCAGCAGUUGAAAGAGAAAGUAGAAGAAACUAAGGAAAAAUUGGAAACAUUGAAAAAAUCUAAACCGGGGGCAACUAAAGAAAUUGAAAAAUUAACUAGUGAGUUAACCAAGAAAAAAGAACAAAGUGAAAAACUGCGCCACGAAGCUUUUGCUAACCGGGUCAAAUGUCCGACCUUGAAUAAAUUAAAAGCCGAAAGGAAGGCUUGUUCCAAGUGCCAAGAGCAAGAGAAAAAGAAAUAUCGAGCUCGUUUGGAAAAUCCACUUCGCCAAGUCUGCUUAGUUAAUAAAGAAAGCAAUCCUGAAAUAUAUUUGUUAGCCAAUGAAGAUCAAAAAGAAAUUCUUAUGGAAAAGAAGAAUAAAGAAGGAUUUAUUAUCCUUCGGGAAAAGUUAAGAAAAUUGGAGAGUGAUUAUUCUUCCACUAAAGAAAAGUUGAAGAUGUAUGCGACUGGCAAAGAUUAUUCAAUAGCGGGCGCUCAAGAACAACAAAUUGGUCACGAUUAUCUCAAAGAAAAUAAAACUAAGGAGUUUGCUUCAUUAAUUAACCAAGUAUUAGCUAGGAGUUCACUGAAGCAAGUAAUUGAAAAAGAACAGGUUCCAAAUAAGAAUUUUCCUUCCUCAACCAAAAGCAAGCCAGAUGGAGAAAUUUACUUGCUAGUCGGUAAUCCCGAAAAUAUCGAAAGAAAAUUAACUGAUUGCUUAGCCGAUUUUUCGCCCGAAAAAAAAUCUAUUUUUCAGUUUAUAGUUGGCAUUCCCCCGGUAAUAGGUGGCGAGAGCAAAUUAGCCCGGAUAAUUGAUUUUCUUUAUACCCAAGAACCAACUGGAAUAAUUACUCUGCAAAAUAGUUAUAAGAACAAGAAUUUUCUGCCGCAUUUGCCCGGCAAGUUUCUAAAUCUUGAUAAUGGUCAUGCUCUCGAAUUUCCAACCCAUAAGAUUUCCUCACUAAGAAAAGUAAAAAAAACUUUAAUAAGUCUGGAUGAGUUAUUAGUCGAGCAGAGGAAAGUAAAAAUUGAGCCACUAGCUAUCAGUUCGGUGUUGAAUAUUCCGAAAUUAGAAACCAAAAUAAAAGAACCCCUAAAGAAUCUGACCAAAUUAGAUUUACUUGACAUCAGUGGCACUAAUAUUGACAGUGGUCUAGAAUAUUUACCGGAAAGCAUUGAACGUUUUGAUUGCUCUUCGGCUGGAAAAGUUCCGAAUAUUUACGAAUUACUCGCUGAUGGGCAAGGAACACAAGGUUAUAUCAAUUUCUGUUUUCCUACUAAUUAUUACCAAAAAUUUCUUACUGAAACAUUAGCCCGAGAAGGGCAAAAUCUCCAAGGAGAAAAAAAAAAUAUUCACCUAAAUAUAGAGUAUGUUUCCACCAAUCCAACCGGUUAUCUCCAUUUAGCCCAUUUUCGUCAUGCGGUGAUUGGUAGUGCUCUGGCUAAUGUCUAUCAAUUUUCUGGUUAUCAAAUAACUCGUGAAUAUUAUAUUAAUGAUCGUGGAGAAAAAGAGUUAACUUAUUUGCAAGAAGGAGCAACAUUUUUCCGCAGUAGUUUGGGCGGUGAUGAUAAAGACCGAGUAAUUAUUAAACAAGAUGGCGAUUACACUUACUUUUUUUCUGAUAUUCUUUACCAUCAAGAUAAAUUGCAAAGAGCCGACAAACUAAUUAAUAUUUUGGGAGCUGACCAUCACGGGUAUGUAGAAAGAAUAAAAAGCGCUUGCCAAUUAUUAGGUCAUAAGCGAGAGGAAAUUCAAAUAAUUUUAGUCCAAAUAGUUAAUUUGCUUACCAAGGAAGGAGGUACGGCAAGGUUUUCCAAAAGGUCCGGUAAUACUAUUGAAUUAGAAGAGACCUUGAAGUAUAUGGAUAUGGAUCAAUUAAAGUUUUUUUUACUGGAAAAAGACCCCAAUCAACCUAUUUCUAUCAAUACUGAAUUAUUGAAAGAGAACAAAGAAAAAACUCGUCUCUAUUAUAUUCAAUACGCCCAUGCUCGUUGUCAUCAAAUCUUCCACAAAGCUCAAGAAAAAGAAAUAGCAAAAAUUAGUUCAAAUAUUGACUUAUUAAAAGAAAAAAACGAACGAGACGUAUUUAAAUUGUUGGUGCAAUUUCCUUUUAUUUUGGAAAAUAUCAUGGAAGAAAAUAAACCUCAUUGUUUAAUCAAUUAUUUGUAUGAAUUAGCCCGAGUCUGGCAAGUAUAUUACCAAAAUAACAUUAUUUUGGAACAGGAGAACCCAGAAUUAACUGCCCAAAAACUUCUGUUGGUUAAGAAUAUUCAAAUAAUUUUAAAAUUAGGGCUUGGAUUAAUAGGAAUAGAGGCACCGCUCAGAAUGUAG